AUGUCGCGAACUUUGCCGAAGAAGUUUAACCCGCUCAUCCUCACGGAGGUGGCUCCUUCUUAUGAGGAGCUUCUCGCGCGCCGCCGUCUGGGAAAAACACACCUCUCUGUGAGGCCUGCCCAGAUCGGUACCUCAAAUGCCACUAAGCCUGAGAACCUGGGCGUUUUCGAAUACGCUCACCUGCGCGCUCCUCUGCCCAAAGACUUGAAGGGCUCGGAGAUUUUCCCAUCCCACACCUCUCAGCAGCAUCCUGAGACGUACUUCCUGAUGCGUCGCAGCAAGGAUGGGUUCGUCAGCGCAACUGGAAUGUUCAAGAUCGCAUUCCCCUGGGCCAAGGCCGAUGAGGAGAAGGUUGAGCGCGACUAUCUGAAGGCCCGGGAGUACACCAGCGAGGAGGAAGUCGCUGGCAACGUGUGGAUCUCUCCCGCGUUUGCCCUUGAGCUAUCCAAGGAAUACAAGAUGUACGAUUGGGUACGCGCUCUCUUGGACCCCACCGAUAUCGUCCAGAGCCCCUCCAGUGCAAAGAAGCAGAUCACUCCCCCGCCCAAGUUCGAGAUCCCAGAAGACGAGCCGGAAAUGCCUCAGCGCCGUCGCGGCCGCUCCGCCUCUCCCAGCAAGCAGUCCCCUCGCAAGUCCCGCACAACUCGCGUUGGAAAGGAUGUCAUGGGCACCCCGUCUACAAAUGCUGCCAACGCUAGCCUCCACUCCGCACUGGAGAUUACAGCCGGUAAUAUGGACACUGAAACAGUUCCUGAGCUGGCACCUGUGCGAGGCGAGACACAAGUGAAGUCCACCGGAUCCCCAGAGAAGAAGUCAAGGAGCCGGAAGACCAAGAGUGCUACCACCGCAGAGCCUGAGGACGAGGCCAAGGAGGAGGAGGAGGAGACAAACGAAGAGACCAAGGAAGAGAAGAAGGAAAAGAAGAAGGCCGAAAAGAAGACUGAAAAGAAGAUCGAGAAGAAGAAUGAGGUGAAGGGCAAGGAAGAGAAGGCGGUUCCUUCAGUGGAAGCUGAUGCCCCAGAAGAUGUCAAGACUUCCCAGACCACUGUCUCUCUUGAUAUGCCCAUCAGCCUCCCUGAAGUCCCGUCCGCUGCUGAGACGGAAGCAAUGAUCGCCCAGGCCAAGGGCAUGGUCGAAGACGCCAUCAAGGCCCAGGCCGGCGGUGCCACCGAGUCGGAAUCCGUUAAGGUGACCAAGAAGCGCAAGCCCGAGGAAGACGAUGAGGAGACCUCAGCCGAGUCCACCCAGCGGGCCAAGAAAGCCAAGGUGCUUGAGAACAAGCUCCGAGAGGAGCGGGUCCGCAACCGCUCCAUCUUUGGUGUUUCCGUGGCCUUUGCUCUUGCUGCGUCAAUUCCCUACUUCCUUUGA